AUGGACAACUCCAGCACCCCGUCUUGUCCCUUCUGUCCCUUCUCGGACGCGGAUGUCAGUUUCCUGGAGAUGCACAUUGAGUUCUGUCACACAGAGGACGGUGUCCCACAGACUCUCUUGCCCGGUGUUCAUGGGCUGGACACCAGCCAGACCCCGUCGCCGUCGCCGUCGCCGUCGGCGACGACAGAUGUCGAGUCGACGGAGAAAUAUGUCGACUGUCCCCACGGGUGCGGCGAGACGGUGACAGCGGCGGAACUAGCCACACAUCUAGACCUGCAUGUCGCGGAGGGUAUUGCGUUCGACGACGGUGCUGACUCGACGCCGUUCAAUGCCGACCUGGGCCCCAGUGAUGAUGAUCCGUCAUUCGACCAGGAGGAUAAGCUCGGUCUCGAGGCUGCCUUCAAAGGGGGCAAACGAGGCGCAGACCGCGACUUUGCACGCAAAAACAAUAAUUCUAGACCGGCUCGAGCAAAGAGCCCUCCCAGGACUCGUGGCCUAGAUGGUGCAAUGCGGCUGGGGCGCUCGGAACUGGGCCCUCAUGCCCACGAGAAAAAGAUGCCCUCGUGGUUAAAGAAGAUGCUGGAGAAAGGUGGCCGAACCUCAAAGCAGACCCAGAUCACCUCGGAUGGGAAGCUAGCAAGGCACACCACGGUUGAAAAUGAGACAGACCACCUCAUUCCUGUAAUAGCGAAGCUGUGUGAGCAGGACAAGACCGUCCAGCGUGCCUUUCUCUGCAACCCCAAGGUCCGCCAUAUCUGUAAGCUGUCCCGCGAAGGCGGGUUCUGUGGCUACCGCAAUAUCCAGAUGCUUGUCUCGUACAUCACAAAGUCACGUUGCCUGGGUCAUGAGCAGUUCCCUGAUGGGGUGCCGACGAUUCUUGACCUGCAGGAUAUGAUUGAACAAGCCUGGGACAUGGGGUUUAAUAGUACGGGGAGAACCGAGACAGGGGGCAUCCGAGGGACGCGCAAAUUUAUUGGAACACCAGAAGCACAGGCUCUCUUUCAAAGUCGUGGAAUUCCCUGCGAUGCCAGUAGCCUGAGUGCAAGCGAGGGGAUACCUGCAUCCGACAAACUCUACAUGAAUGUAGCGACCUACUUCCGGUCGGCCUGCUCGCUAGAUGACGAGGAGACCAAGGUCUUCCAGACCGAUUGUCCGCCCAUAUAUUUUCAGCAUCAAGGCCACUCAAUGACAAUUGUGGGAUUUGAGAUACGCGAUGACGGCAGCGCGAACCUCUUGGUCUUUGAUCCUAUGUUCAAGACAUCGCCUGCCAUUUCCCGCUUGAUUGGCACGUCCGCUCGGACCGAGAAUCCGGUUCGGCUGCUCAAGGCAUACCGGAGAGGCACUCGCUAUUUGCAGAAGUAUAAGCUUUUCGAGCUUCUCAAAUUACGUACGGGUCCGACGCCAACCUCGCCCGAAUCUAUUUCUACAUGA